AUGAGCGGAUACAUUUCAGAUUUACUCUCCUCCCCAAGGGGUCAGCUUGUGACUACGGCUGUGAUCUCUGGCGCCGCCGUUGCCACACUUAUUUUUGGAUUUCAAGCCCUGGAAAGGGAAGAGCGGCUAUCUGCCCUGAAGAAUUCCAUCCCUUCGGUGACUGAUGGGAAGCAUCAUACAACAAAGCUCAACAGCUUCGGAGGCUCAAAUGAAAACGCGGAGGAUAUAGAGGAUGCGCGAAACCUCGCUCUUGCGCAGCGUGCGCAGGCCGGUGAUUUCGACGAAGAGCUCAUUCUAGAACAACUUGCGCGCAAUCAAGUAUUCCUCACCCCCGAGGGCCUAGAUAAGCUACGCAACUCUUUCGUCGUGGUAGUUGGUUGCGGUGGCGUGGGGUCUCACUGCACCGCCUCUCUAGCCAGAUCAGGCGUAUCCAAGCUACGACUCAUUGAUUUCGACCAGGUGACUCUCUCCUCGCUCAACCGUCAUUCUGUUGCGACUCUGGCAGAUGUAGGCACGCCCAAGGUCCACUGUCUGCGGAGGCGGCUGAUGGCCAUCACACCCUGGGUGCACUUUGAUCUGCGACAGCAAAAGUUCGAUGGAGAUGUGGCGAACGAGCUUCUGGGAGCCUGGGAAGACGGACAGAAGCCUGAUUUCAUCAUCGAUGCUAUCGACAAUAUCGACACCAAGGUUGCCCUUCUCAAGUACUGCUACGACAACAAAUUACCGGUCAUAAGCUCCAUGGGCGCGGGCUGCAAAGGCGAUCCUACCAAGAUUAUCAUUGGAGAUAUUGGAAACAGCACCGAUGACGGGCUUUCCAGAGCUACGCGGAGGCGUCUAAAACUACAGGGCAUUACGAAGGGCAUCCCGGUUGUGUAUUCGACAGAGCAAUCCGGCGAAGGCAAGGCAGAACUGCUGCCGCUCGACCAAGCCGAGUUCGAAAAGGGGUCUGUGGGCGAUCUUGGUGUGAUGCCCAACUUUCGCGUGCGGAUCCUCCCCGUGUUGGGCACGAUGCCAGCCAUCUUUGGUAUGACUGUCGCCAACCACGUCAUCCUGAGCGUCACUGGGUACCCCGUCGACUAUGCGCCCGCCAAGGGCCGCGACAAGAUGUACGACGGCAUCGUCAACUACGUGCAGAGCUGCGAGGAGAAGCUGGCGCGGCUAUUCGAGCACGAUCUCGUCGGGCUCCGGUCGCCUAUCACCGUCGGCGAUGUCGCCUUCUUGACGGAGGAGCUAUACCGCGCGCGCAGCGCCAUCACCGGCAUCCCGACGCGCCUCACGCUGAUCCGCUGGCGGCGGCCGGACGCGAUCAAUGUGUCCGUGAUCGGAGGGGGCGAGGAGGGCGGCGAGGAGCAAAAGUGCUCGACAGUGCGGCUGCGUGACCUGGUGUGCAUGACCAAGGAUGAGGCUACGCGGCACGAGAAGCAAAUCUUCAAGGCGGGAGUGCAGCUGGAGAAGCUGUACGACGCGGAAACGAUCGCCAGGGUUGAGAGUAAGAUGGCGCAGGCGGCGGAGUAUGAGAGCUACCGAUGGUGA